UUCGCGCCCACACAGCGCUUGGGUCUCCGUCCUGCACCCUAGCCCCGGCUGCGCUUCCUAGGGCAGGUUCCAGGCUCUGCAAAACCGGCGGGCCUCCAGGAUGCAGGCCCCGCACAAGGAGCACCUGUACAAGCUGCUGGUGAUCGGCGACCUGGGUGUGGGCAAGACCAGCAUCAUUAAGCGCUACGUGCACCAGAACUUCUCCUCACACUAUCGGGCCACCAUUGGUGUGGAUUUCGCGUUGAAGGUGCUCCACUGGGACCCGGAGACUGUGGUGCGCUUGCAACUCUGGGACAUUGCAGGUCAAGAAAGAUUUGGAAACAUGACAAGAGUCUAUUACCGAGAAGCUAUGGGAGCAUUUAUUGUCUUCGAUGUCACCAGGCCAGCCACAUUUGAAGCAGUGGCAAAGUGGAAAAAUGAUUUAGACUCAAAGUUAACUCUCCCUAAUGGUAAGCCAGUGUCGGUGGUUUUAUUGGCCAACAAAUGUGACCAGGGAAAGGACGUGCUUGUGAACAAUGGACUCAAGAUGGACCAGUUCUGCAAGGAGCACGGUUUCGUAGGAUGGUUUGAAACGUCAGCCAAGGAAAACAUAAACAUUGACGAAGCUUCAAGAUGCCUGGUCAAGCACAUACUUGCUAACGAGUGUGACCUCAUAGAGUCCAUAGAACCGGACAUUGUGAAGCCCCACCUCACAGCACCCAAGGUCGUCAGCUGCUCUGGCUGUUCCAGAUCCUAAAAGGUGCCUCUGCUGGCGUGUGACAGUCUGACGGUCAGAAUCCCUGGGCCCUAAUGAAUUGUGCUUCAAUUUUUUUUUUUGAUUACCAUUUUGGGUAAGUGUCAGGAGAAGCCCAUGGCACAUGUGACGAGCCAAAGAUGUAUGACUGCACAUUUCCUGUCCAGAGAGGAACAGCAAAUAUUCUUUAUAUGUUUUUCCCGACCCUUAGCACAGUGUU